CUUAGCUUGUCGUCGAUUAACUAGCUAGCUAGGUACGUUUCGAUGGAAACGGAUCUUCUUCUAGUCAUCAUGUGUGUGACCCUGAUCGCCGCCUGGUGGUUCCACCUGCUCCUGAAAUGGAGCAGCGGCCAUCGACGCCGACGGCGGUGUGAGCUCACGCUGCCACCUGGCUCGAUGGGCCUUCCUCUCCUUGGGGAGUCCCUUGAGUUCUUUGCCCGGAUACCAUCGCUUGAAGUGCUUCCCUUCUUCAAGAGACGGCUGGAGAGGUAUGGUCCUGUUUUCAAGACUAACUUGGUAGGCAAAGACAUGAUUGUAUCCCUUGACCCUGAGGUCAACAGCUACGUGCUCAGGCAAGACAACAGGGCCUUCCAAAUCUGGUACCCGGAGUCACUCAAGCGGAUCUUCGGCGCCGUUCUCGAGGUCACAUCCUCCGAGUCCUUGCACAAGCGCAAGAGGACCAUGGUCCUCCGUGUCUUUGUCACACCCUGA